AUGGAGCACGAGACUCGACCCCCAAUUCCAGUAGCCGCGGGUCGUCGGAAGAUCGACAAAGUGCUGAAGAAGCCCACACCAAAUCCGACGCUGAUGCAGCUAGGACAGACACACUCACGACGAGGAACGAGGAAGCGUGUGAUAUCGAACGACGCCCCACGGACGCUGGACGGCUUCCUUCUACUGGAUUGGUGUCGAGUGGAAUUCCCGGAUGAAGUUGUUCAGGCAGUACUGAGCGACAUGCACAUUACGGACGUUGUGGCCGAAGAUCUGCUCUUUUUCACAAACUUGACGCGACUAGACAUGAGCGACAACGAGGCACCAUUAGGACCGUUCGGUUGUUUACCAGCGCUGGUAGAGCUGGAUUUUCAGUGCAACGCUUUGGAGGAAGUGUCCUUGAACAACGGGUUUCAGAACCUGGAGGUGCUGAAUUUGGCUUUCAAUUGUCUUGGGUCGAAAGACCUGGAGGAGCUGUCAAACUUACUGCGCAUUCGUGAGCUUUAUCUUGGCAGCAAUCGCAUUCGGUCGCUACCACCGAUCAUGGAUCGCUUUUCACGGCUUGAGACACUAUCUCUUGAUAGCAAUAAUAUCUCAGGGCAGGAAGUAUUCUCGUUUCUCGCUAUCAUGCCGCGGCUACGAAACCUGAACCUGAGCUACAACAAGAUUACCGGCUUUCCAGAGAAUGCAUUGACGCUAGAUGAAAAACGUGGUGCGGGAUUUUACAAUCUCAUUUAUCUCAAUCUCGCGCACAACAUGAUUGCCGAUGAAGAAGCUGUCGUCCACACGAGCGAGCUGCGCAACUUGCGGAAGCUUAUUUUGUAUGGCAAUCCGCUGGCACAUGCUGCUGUCACUUCAUACGACCCCACCAAGUUGGCCUAUGACCCGGUUCCGAGCCUCACGGCAAUUUUAAACGAAAGACCAGCAGACCAAAUCGCGAUGACAAUAGUCGUGGCGUAUCCCGCAACAAAGAAGAAAAAGCUGCACUCCAUGUCCUGUUACGAACAUGUCGAAAUUUACAAGAUGAUUCCAAACGAGGUGGUGCUCCAGUCGCCAUUCCGCACUCGGACAACGGAAUUUUUGCUGGGCUCUAAUCCGGAUGCCAUUACGGAUAAGGCAUUGUUAUCAAAACGACAGGUAUGUGGAACAAGUUUCUAG